GCAUUGCAGCAGAGGGUGGGGAGUGUCUGCAGCAGCCCGAUGAGCAGAGGAGAUACUGAUUGUCCGUGACAGGGCAACAAAAUGGUUCUCCUGCGGCGCUGCAGCAUUUUAAUGUCGGCAAGCCCUAGCUCACCCAAGGCGCUGUUAGUUCUCUGAGUCUGUAGAGAGCUGUCCCCCGCCCGGGCCACAGGAGAGCCAGGCACUCACACGGCUCUAGGCGAGCCAGGCUGGCCCCGAGAUGCAACCGGCCGGAGAGAGACGCCAUUUUGGGACAGGAACGUUCCUGGGGCCUAUGGACAGACUCUCACUGAGCACUGACUGAUCAGAUAAGUAUUAUCCAAUCACUCUCCUCUUGCUCAAAGAAACUCUAAUCCCACUCUUGGUUCUCUGUAGGAUACCACUGAUUCUUAGAGGAUUUUUCUGAUCUCUCCCCUCAGGUUCAGCUCAGAGACCAGCUCAUCAUUUCUCCCAGUAAAUGACAAUCAGUUUAUUUGACUACUGGGGAGGAUUAGGCUGCCCAUCAUUGGCUGGGAUUUCUAAUAGCUAGGAAGGGGUCAGGAAUCUCAGAAACAGGCAUGAAUCAGUUUUGAGUCCUUAGGAAGAAAAGACCAGAACUGUGACUUGACUGUAAGCAACACAGAAACAUCUGUGUGAGUCUGCAGAGAGCCUGAGACCAUUCUCUGAAAUGGGAGGAGCUGCUCCAUGCAUCUCAAUGGAGUGUUAACACCAAAACCAUCAAGACCACUCCAGUAAAAGACUCUGCAUUUGGCAGGAGGAGAAGAAUGCAGUGGGCCCAGUUCCCCUGCCCCCACCCAAGUAAAGACACCAGUCCCGCACCAUCUCCUUGCCCCCUUCGCUCCCUUGCAUCUUGGGAAGAAGGUGGUGUGGAGAUGCUGGAGUGGGAAUUGUGGACUUCUGUGAACGCUGCAAGUAAGGGGAGAUGCUGGGAAGAGGACUGUGGGCGAGGAAGGGCUUGUGUUAUUUUGUUUGGAUUCUCACUUACCCUGGAGGAGGGAGGACACUUGUUGGCAUGGUGACUGUGGAGAGCUACACUGAAGUUUCUACCCAACUGCUGAGGGGAAACUGAGGCAUGGCCAGAGGUAAACUGAGGAACAGACCGACUGGAUGCCAGGCCAGGUCCUCAACGAACCAAGGUCCCAACGGACCCACGGGAUGAUGAUGGACAAAGAAGCGGUCGUCUGCAACUGGGCUUGGUGGAUCCUGGACCUACCACUGCCUCCAGCGAUUGCCGGGGACAGGAGAUCAGGAGCACAGGAACAGAUGGUUCUAGGUCAGCUGGGAGGGGAGCCAAAGCCGUGGAGGAUUGUGUAGCUGACUCUGCCACGGCUGUAUGAAGCUGGUUCUUGCCACUGGUGAGAGGGGUCCAAGUUGAUGAGAGUCCAACACCCACCACUGUCUCACUGAGAGGACAGAUGAGGGAGGGAGAGGAAGCAGAUCCCUCUGAGCAGCCUCUUAACAGCUCCAGGGACUUGAAGAGCAGAGGAAAACCAGAUGAUCCAGUUUACGGCAACUUGAAGAAAGCGGCUGUAUCUGAAGGUCGAGCUGUAUUCAUUGCCAUAGUCGUGGUCUUGGUGGUAAUCAUCAUUGCUUUAGCAGCGGCUUUGGGAGUGGAAAAAUCUAAGCAGCCUCCUCCUUGCCCCGCUGCUGCCUGCUGGUGCCCGGACGGCUGGUUCAGGAACCGAGGGAAAUACUUCUAUUUUUCUAAGGCCGAAGGGAACUGGAACGACAGCCAGAGCUUCUGCUCGUCACACGCUGCCUCCCUGGCUGGGAUUGAGAGUCUGCAGGAGCUGAGUUCCCUGCUGCCCUACAAAGGCAAACUGGACCACUGGAUCGGCCUCUGGAAGGACACGGGCCAGAUCUGGAAAUGGGCCAAUGGAACAAAGUUUGACCAUCGGUUUCAAAUACAAGGAGGAGCAGACUGCGCGUACCUGGAUGAAGACCUCACAGUCAUCAGCUCCAGCUGCAGCACAUCAAGAAAAUGGAUCUGCAGUAAAUCUGAUACCCCUACGAAGGAAGAGAAGUGUGUAGUGGGAGGGGACUCGUGAACUCAAGGGGAUCGGAGAUCAGACAUGGCAAAGCCUGGUUCUGGUCCCCUCCAUGGCCCUAUAUGCUGCAGCCUAUGUACUUGUUGUGACAUUCCCCUCUGGUAUUGUCUGGACCAGUGAUCUGCUAGGCCACUCCAAUCCUUGACUCUGGGAACCAGCCUUACCCUGCUCUGCUGUGAGAACCCCCACUCCUGGGCUGUUCACGCAAAGCCUCUGGCAUGUAAGCUGCUCCCUGCUACUUGCAAGCGAAUGACACGAGCCAAUAUCUCCGGUCCCAGAAACAACCCUCGGAACCUUCGUCUUGCAGUUAUGCCCACUGGACGCUGCAAGCUUAUAUAAGUUCGUCAAUUUAACUAAGAAAUUGAUAUGUACCAGGCUUGUUAUCCCAAAGGGAGUCUCUGACAUGCUUCAAACCAAACACACUGCUUCAGAUAGAAUAAACAAACAGAUUUAUUAGCUAUAAAGAUGGAUUUUACAUGAUUAUAAGUCAAAGCAUAACAAGUCAGAUUUGGUCAAAUGAAAUAAAAGCAAAACGCAUUCUAAGUUGAUCUUAACACUUUCAGUGUCCUUACAAACUUAGAUGCUUCCCACCACAGGCUGGCUGGUUACUUUUCCGUCAGGCUCUCCCCUUUGAUCAGCGCUUCAGUUGCUUAGUGGUGGUGGUGUCUGUAGAUGUAGAUGGAAGAGAGAGAGCAUGGCAAAAUGUCUCUCCCCUUUAUCAUGUCCUUUCUUCCCUCAUGGCUUUGCCCUCCCACUUCAGAGUCAGGUGAGCAUUACCUCAUUGCAGUCCCAAACUGCCUAAGGGAAGGAGGGUGACUCCUUCGAGGGUCUAACGGAUUAUUUUGUUGCUGCCUGAGCCAGUGUCCAUUGUUCCUGUGAGGCUGGGCUGGGUUUGUCCCAUCCAUGCCCUGAUGAGGUGUGAACUGCCUCUCUGUUCUUGGAGAGUUUUUGCCUGGGCUUGCUGUAAGCCAUGAGGAUACAUUUUCAGCCUCAUAACUAUAUAUGUGAAAUUAUAACCUUACUAUAACAGUGCUGUAACAAUUGCUAUAACAUUACUAUAACCAUGCUCAGUGCAUUAUGAGCCUUCCAAAGACACCCGACUUGACAAACUUUGCAUUGGAUACCACACAAUCAUUUUAUAAAGAUGAACAUGGGGAUGUAGGGUGUUCCCCUGAGAUACAGAGCAUCACACUUGUUUCUUAGUCUGCCUCCGGGAUUUUCUCCAGUUCUAGUUGUCAGUUACCCUAAUACUGGGGCCUGUGACCCUUCUCUCAGGAAGCCUGUCACAGUUUCAGGGUAACUGCAUCUCUAGCCUACCUCCAUGAGGUCAGGACUCCAGCCGCCCCAUCUCUGGGCAGAGAUCCCUGUCCCACUCCCUGACUGGGCCACUUAAAGCUGCACAGCAACCUUCUAUACGCCGGGUAUCCCCAGCCAGCACCUGCCCUUUGCUUCCACUCUGAACACAAUGCCCAGCAUGUUCCAGCAGUUACAAGCUACCACACGGCCCUUUCUCAGCUGAUAAAAGUCAGGAAUGGUUGCAUGAACAAUAAAGAUAAAACGCUUUCUAAACUUAACAAACUAGACUUCGCUAAAGGUGACGUCCUUCACCACAGGUUAUCAGUAGCAUCGCUGACCUAUCUCUCAGGCCAGGAUCUGCUCCCAAAGUCCAAUGGCUUUUUCUUUUGUAAUCUUAAGCGAAGAGGAAGAGGGAAUGUGGGGUGUUUUUGCCCUUCACUUUUAUAGUCCAGUCCCCCUUCGAGAUGCAGUUUCCCGAAGGUCACCCCUCAAAACAAAGUUUAUUCCCAGUAAAGAAGACGACAUGUCUGGUGGUGAAAAAUUCUCUGCUGUUUCUUCUCACCUCUGUUUCCUGAAAUGCAGAUUUUCCUUGUCUCCUGUCUUCUUCCUCUGGCUGUCUUACAACUUAUGUGUAAACUGAGGGGAAAAUGCUCCUUUGUUUCAGACCUGCUUGACCAAUGCUGCCUAAUUGGGGCUACGUGCUUUUGAACGUGUGCCAACAACAUUAUUUGGGGGAAUUUAUGACUUUACAUAUAAUGAUGCUACGUCCAUUGCACCAUGAUAUUAUUGACCAGCAAGUUAUUAGUUUUCAAAUGAUGCCUUACAAGGUGUAUUUUCUAUAAAGAUUAUUACAAUAGGGUGUAGAGUGUGACGACGGGAGUACAUGCUGUCACAGGGUGGUGCCUCUCUAGAGUUAUUUAGUGACUCACCUUAAUCAAUCUGUACUGUGCGUAGUUCCCGAGGAGCUGUGGUCACUCUCCCCCAUGGAGUAGACCACAAGCAGAGAGAAGCCAUUCAUACAUUUUAACACAAUGGUCCCCAAACAGAUUGCAGGGCAGGAGGUUGCAAUAUCCCAGAUUCUCAGACCCCCUUGUUGCUGGGGAUCAUCUCCUCAGUACCAGUCUGAAAAUUUCCCCCUUGCUCAAUUCAUCCCAUUAGCUCCAGUUGUUCCCUGGUGCCUUUAAUGAUUUCUUGCCCUCCUGGGGUUUGCACCCUUCAGACUGGGACAUGGUUCUCAUGGCUCCUUACUGUGUCCCCAGACUGUGACAAAUUAGGGUAACCUAAUCAUUAGGGUAACCUUCCUGCAGACAGCCCUCCCUGCAACCCCUUGGUGCCAUAGGAUGUCUUUGGCCUUGGGCCCUGGUGGUCGGGUUCCAUGUGAUGGUGGCACUUCCGAGCUCUGUCCACCUUUGUUGUUUACAGCCAGCAAUGCAGCUGUGCUGCCCUGUGAGAGACAGAGUGUGGGUGUCUUCAUGCAAACCCAGCCUCUGAAUUUGUGCCUGGGAGCCUCCUUUGGUGAAAAUGUGGCCCUAGAGACAGCUUGAGACGCUUGCCCCCCUCUCCAGGAGACUCCUCUUUCCCCUCCCUGCCCAAACUUUUGUGGUGCCCCUGUUCACUGACUGCCAAUUUUCACAUCCGCAGGCUGCACUUUAGGGACAGAUUUCUCUAAGGCACUUUUCAAUGUAAAAUAUUUUCUUACGUGUCUUUUAUAAAGAAAUUGAAGUGAAAAAAUGUGCAGUGCUGGAACGUCCAGGCUGCUAAUUAAACCAAUGCUAAUUAUGCCAAAUUCCAGAGGGCAGAUUGUUGCUGCUUGAGUUAGGUGCCUUCUCUGCAGCUCUUUAGGGUCUUGAAGGUGUCUGACCUGUGUAACCUUGCUCUGCAAUAUAUUUACCUUACUCAUAUCUAUUUAUAAGGUAUGUUGAGCUCUUUCCUGGGAAUGGAUUCUGUUGCUGACAGAAAACAGUUUUAAAAAAGCACAGCAACCUCUAGAUGUACAUGGUUAAUCUAUUCUCACUCUUCCAGAGCAGGGAUUUGAACCUGGUGCGGUAGCCACUUAGCUAUUGGGUGGGGUUAACAGCUGCCUCCUCCAGUCCUCUUGUGAACCUAGCCUGGAUUUUUUUAGUAUUAUUAUUAUUAUUAUUUUAUUUUAUUUUGGCUGAAACUAUUCAGUGAAUUCAACACCAGUUUGUGACUAGCCUUGUUCCUUCCAAAACUGCAUUUUUCGGCAAAUAAACUAUUCAAUGGAAAAAUGUC